AUGGGUGGAUCUCGCGAGAACAAAGUUAAGUACUUCGCUAAGUUGAAGGAAUUGUUGACCGAAUACAAGUCGAUCUUCGUUGUUGGUGUCGACAAUGUUUCCUCUCAACAAAUGCACGAAAUCAGAAAGGCCUUGAGAGGUGACGCUACCGUGUUGAUGGGUAAGAACACCAUGGUCAGAAGAGCCAUCAGAGGUUUCUUGACUGAGUUGCCAGAGUACGAGAAGUUGUUGCCUUUCGUCAGAGGUAACGUUGGUUUCAUCUUCACCAACAAGGACUUGAAGUCCAUCAGAGAAGUUGUCACUUCCAACGUUGUUGCUGCCCCAGCCAGAGCUGGUGCCGUUGCUCCAAAGGACGUCUGGGUGCCAGCCGGUAACACCGGUAUGGAGCCAGGUAAGACCUCUUUCUUCCAGGCUUUGGGUGUCCCAACCAAGAUUGCCAGAGGUACCAUUGAGAUUGUCUCCGACGUCAAGGUUGUCGAGGCCGGCACCAAGGUCGGUCCAUCCGAGGCUUCCUUGUUGAACUUGUUGAACAUCUCGCCAUUCACCUACGGUAUGACUGUGGUGCAGGUGUACGACAACGGCCAGGUUUUCCCAGCCUCCAUCUUGGACAUCACCGACGAGGAGUUGGUUGCUCACUUUGUGUCUGCCAUCAACACCAUCGCCUCCAUCUCCUUGGCUGUUGGCUACCCAACCUUGCCAUCUGUCGGCCACUCCGUCAUCAACCACUACAAGAACGUCUUGGCCUUGUCUGUGGCUACUGACUACACCUUCGAAGGUUCUGAGGCUGUCAAGGACAGAUUGGCCAACCCAGAGGCUUACGCUGCUGCUGCUCCUGCUGCCGCUGCCGCUGCUUCUACUGAGGCUGCUGCCGAAGAGGCUCCAGCUGAAGAGGCUGAGGAGUCUGACGACGACAUGGGUUUCGGUUUGUUUGACUAA